AUGAGUGGCAUGCCCAACAAUGGCGGCCGGGUCGCCCUGCUGCUCGAAGGAUGCUACAGCGAGGCCAUGGCGGCCAAUAUGGUCGCUGGCUGUGUGGAUAAUCUUCGCGGUUUCCUCGCUGAGCCACUGCAUCCGCUCAUGAUUGCCUUAGCCGACGAGAUGCGCAAGUGUGGGAACGUUUUCCUUCGUAUUCUCGAACAGGCUCGAACACACCCAGGUCGUGUACCAACCAUGUUGGGCUAUCUUGACAUUCUAUUGCCUAGCUUUCAAAAGAGCGUUGACGACAUCCGCACUCACUAUGAAGACAAGACCAAGAACAAAGAGAUCCGCUGGCGCACCAUGUACCACAAGAUGACGGAUGAGGCUGGCGGCAUUCAUUUGCCGCAACGGUUCAGCCUUUAUUAUCAGUUCCUGCUUCUCAUGAGCCAGAUGUUGAUAAGAUCUCCGCAAUUCGACAUGAACGCCAUGGAGGCCCUGCAAAAUCGCGUCUGCCAACUCCGUGAAAAGCAGGGCAUCAAGUCUCCUCCGUCACCGGCCGGUCCUCUUGUCAUGUCCGCAGCAGCAGCUGUAUUCCGAGACAGAAGCCUCCAUUGGGCCGAAGACAUUUUUUCCCGGCCAUUGCCUUCCCGGACGCCCCUCAAACACCUCAAGUUCUCGGAAUGCUACGGUCCUUGGAAGGACGCUAUCGUGCCGAAAGAAGCCCGGAUUUUGUUUCGGCGUUCGUUUGACCAGGAUCGCCUCACCAUCUUGGCGUUUAUUAACCCGUUUGACCGUUGUCCCUACCUGGUUGUUCGCAGCCUCGAUACAGGCACCAACAUGUCUGCCUUUUCGAUAUAUGGCGUGCACGAGCUGUGCAUUGAGCGUGAUGGCAGCUGCCUCGUCAUCAAACGUUGGAGUCAUACGGAAAACACCUCUAAGUUGUGGGUAUUGCUUUACUUUCUUACUUGGGAGGAGCUAGUUCUCUUUCACUGUACCUUUGUUGCCAUGAAAUUUGAGGGUCCUACGGGAGCGGUCCACCCGAUCGAACUCAAUAUCAGCCGGGAGAAGCGCCUAUUCCAAGCGCACUCUCUUCUCGUCUACCAGGACACGAAAACACGGGCUCUACGUUUGCAUGCCACCGUUUGGGACGGCUCAUUGCGACGCUGCCCUGUCUGGACUGCAUUCAUCACAAACCAGUCUCUGUCGCCAAACUGGCUAGUACGGAAAGACAGGAAUCGCAUCCUUGUCAAAGACAUUGAGCUAUACGUGUUUUGCAACAGUUACCGGCCCGAACAUAUGAGGCAGAACAAGUACAAUGCGCUCGAACUAGACUUUUUCACUGAAGAAGCCCAGGAAAGCUUCAGGGGGCUAUUCUAUUCACCGCCGAAAGCAACGGACGGCAGUAACCCGACAGAGUCGACGGCCCCGACCGAUGACGGCGAGCGGACAGAUGCAUCAAAAUGA